AAAGAGCGCCACGAGUCGGCAUUGUCAGGCGGCGGAACCGCGCGGGCCGUAGAGGGGUUGUUGGCCGGUGGGCUCUUCGCGGCCGCCGAGGAGGCUCAGGAAGGGAGGAGCGCGGGAGCGGCUCCGUCGGCUGACGGAGGCGAGGCCCCGACAGCGCGAGCGUGAGCGCGGCCGAGCCCGCGGCGGCUUCCCCGGCGGGUGGGGACGAGCGGGCCCCGCGGCGUCAUCGGCGGUGAGGAGCCGCGGUGCAGCGGCCUAACAUGUCGGAAGCGGGCGAGGAGCAGCCCAUGGAGACCACGGGCGCCACCGAGAACGGACACGAGGCCGUCCCCGAGGGCGAGUCGCCGGCUGGGGCCGGCACCGGGCCUGCGGCGGGGACCGGCGCCGGAAGCGCGGCGCCCCCCACCGGGAACCAGAACGGCGCCGAGGGCGACCAGAUCAACGCCAGCAAGAACGAAGAGGACGCGGGAAAAAUGUUUGUUGGUGGCCUAAGCUGGGAUACCAGCAAAAAGGACCUAAAGGACUAUUUUACCAAGUUUGGAGAGGUUGUUGACUGUACAAUAAAAAUGGAUCCCAACACUGGUCGGUCAAGAGGGUUUGGGUUUAUCCUCUUCAAGGAUGCAGCCAGUGUGGAGAAGGUCCUAGACCAGAAGGAACACAGGCUGGAUGGCCGUGUCAUUGACCCCAAAAAGGCCAUGGCCAUGAAGAAGGAUCCAGUGAAGAAAAUCUUUGUGGGGGGUCUGAAUCCUGAAGCCACUGAAGAGAAGAUCAGGGAAUACUUUGGAGAGUUUGGGGAGAUUGAGGCCAUUGAGCUUCCCAUGGAUCCAAAGUCGAACAAAAGACGGGGCUUUGUUUUCAUCACCUUUAAAGAAGAGGAACCUGUGAAGAAAGUUCUGGAGAAAAAGUUCCACACCAUCAGUGGGAGCAAGUGUGAAAUCAAGGUGGCCCAACCGAAAGAAGUCUAUCAGCAACAGCAGUAUGGCUCUGGGGGCCGUGGAAACCGCAACCGAGGGAACCGAGGCAGUGGUGGCGGUGGAGGAAGUGGAGGUCAGAGUCAGAGUUGGAAUCAGGGCUACGGCAACUACUGGAACCAGGGCUACGGCUACCAGCAGGGCUACGGGCCCGGCUAUGGCGGCUACGACUACUCGCCCUAUGGCUAUUACGGCUACGGCCCCGGCUACGACUACAGUCAGGGUAGUACAAAUUACGGAAAGAGCCAGAGACGUGGUGGCCACCAGAAUAACUACAAGCCGUACUGAGGCUGCGGCAGGAUGACGGGCUGACCGCACACGCUUUGUUUGGAUAUCGAGUGAACACAAACAAUUAUGUACCAAAUUUAACUUGGCAAACUUUCUAUGGCCUGUCCCAUGUGCAUCUUAUUUAAAAUUUUCCCCCUGGAAAUCACUCCCCUGUUUACUAUUUCCAGAGCUCUAGUUACGUUAGGCAGCAUGUGGUGUAUCUGAGGCCAGAGCGGCAUUACAGGCUGAUUAUACCAGGUUCCCCAGAGCCAACUGGAGGGUCUGCUUCCAGCUGCCGCUCUGCAGCCUGGACCUGUGGACCCUGGUUGUAAAGAGUCACCUUUUUUGACCUUUUAAUUUUAUAUUAUUUGUCAUACAUUUCCUGUAAUGGAAGUGUUAAUUUUACUGUACUUUUUGGUACCUUUUGGGAAUCUAAUGUAAGGUAUUUUACACGUGUCCUGAUUUUGCCACGACCUGGAUACUGAAGCUAUCCAAGCUUUUGAAAUAAAAAUUUAAAAACCCCCAA